AUGGAGACCACCAUAAUCUUAAAGUCAUUUCCUAGUGUCUAUAGAAAGGCAUAUCAAGAAUGUGAAGUAAAUGUGAACACUAUGUGUGAAAUGGGUUCGUGUGGUGUGUCAUUGCUAUCCGUUGCCACGCUUAGAGUGGGAAUAGAAGGAAUCCAGACCACUGUUGAUGGAAAGCACAUAACGUCUUUUGUAUACCAUGAAACUUUGGAGCUGUGGCUACUUAGCGAAGUUUGGAUUUCUAGGGACCUAAAGCUUAUUUCAGUUGUGGCUAGUGGUGAAUCCAGAUCACAUUGUAUUUGGGGAUGGGACGUAAGUGACAUGAACUUUGAAGAUGCCAUGGCAAGGGCCAAGGUUUUCGGCAUUGACUUGCAAAACAAAUUGUGGCCAUACAUGGAAUCCGUGGUACCACUCCCUGGAAUUUACUAUCCAGAUUUCAUUGGUGCCAAUCAAGGCUCACGUGCUAACAAUGCCAUCAAAGGCACUAAGAAAGAACAAGUUCAGCAAAUAAUCAAAGACAUAAGGGAAUUUAAGGAGAAAAACAAGGUCCCUGAGGUGAAGGCCAUCAAAUUUGGCAGUGGUACAACUAAUUCCAAGCUUAUAUUGCUGAUCUUCUUCAAGUCUGCUCAACCAAAACCAACCACUUUGGGAAGUAUGGACAAGUUGAGUCGUUAUUCCUUUCCCGAUGGUUUUGUUUUUGGAGCUGGUACAUCGGCUUACCAGUAUGAAGGUGAAACAAACAGAAGUGGUAAAGGGCCCAACAUAUGGGACACUUUCAUUGAGGAGCAUACAGAGAGGAUCACCGACCAUAGUAAUGCAAAUGUGGCAGUUUAUUUCUAUCAUCACUAUAAGGAAGAUGUGCAAAGAAUGAAGGAAAUGGGAAUAGAUGUUGUCAGAUUCUCUAUUUCUUGGUCUAGAGUGUUACCACAUGGCAGACUAAGUGCAGGAAUAAACGAAGAAGGGAUCCAGUUUUACAACAAUCUCAUCGAUGAGCUCAUAAAAAAUGGUUAUAACCUUUUCCUUUCCUUCGAUGACGAAAAUGAUUUCCGAGACUUUGUGGAGUUUUGCUUCCAAAAAUUUGGAGACCGAGUGAAGAAUUGGAUCACUUUAAAUGAGCCUUUUAUUUUCAGCGUCUAUGGUUAUGACACGGGCGUACAUGCACCUGGUAGAAUUUCAACUCUGGAGAACUCAUGUCCAGGCCAACCCAAAAUCUCAGGUGCCACCGAGGUUUACAUGGUGAGCCAUCAUCUAUUGCUUGCUCAUGCAACAGCUGUGAAAGUAUACAAGGAAAAAUAUCAGGCAUGUCAAGGAGGACAAAUUGGAAUAACACUCGUUUGUCAUUGGUUUGAACCUUACUCAAACAGUGAAGGUGAUCAGAAUGCAGUUAAACGAAGCCUUGAUUUUAUGCUUGGAUGCUACAUGAGUCCUUUAACUACAGGUGACUAUCCACAGAACAUGCAUGACUAUGUUGGAGGAAGAUUGCCUAAAUUCAGUGAAGAGGAAUCUAAGAUGCUGAUAGGAUCUUACGACUUCAUUGGAAUCAAUUACUAUACUACAUAUUACGCUCGGAAUGUUGAUGAUGUUAAUUAUAAAAAUAUUGGCUAUAUGGAAGAUGCUCGGGUCACUUGGCCAGGGGAGAGAAACGGAAUACCAAUUGGUCCACAGACAAAUGCAGAUUGGAUUUAUAUUCAUCCUGAAGGUAUUCGCCACCUAUUGAAUUAUGUAAAGGACGUGUAUGGAAAUCCAACAAUAUAUAUAACUGAAAAUGGAGUUGAUGACGUGAAAUCCUCGUCAUUGGAGGAAGCACUCAAUGAUCCCAUAAGAGAGAAAUCUUACCAAGGCAUUUUUCACAAUGUUCUUAAAUCCAUCAAUGACCAUGGUGUUGAUGUUAGAGGGUUUUUUGCUUGGUCAUUUUUGGAUGAUUUUGAAUGGCAAUAUGGCUAUGGUUCGAGAUAUGGGUUCUACUACAUUGAUUACGAAAACGACUUGAAACGAUAUGCCAAAAAUUCUGUAAAGUGGUUUAAACAAUUCUUGAAGAAGGACAAAAAUAUACAUAAGGAUAAUAUAACAUCAAAGAUUCCCUCAGACCCUCGAAUGAAAAAUGAAUCUGUUGGUAGUCGUAAAAAGCCAAGAACAUAA